GCGGAGGGUCACCUGGACAUUGGCGAACAGAAACACCCCAGUGCCCAAUGGAAUGUGAAGACGGAAAAGUGUACAGCCCAUGCGCCAGUGCCUGUCCCGGAACGUGUGUGGAUUCUGAACCAACCAGGGAGUGUCCUGGUGCGUGCAUUGAAACAUGUGAAUGUCCAACGGGAACAAUUCUGGAUGGUGACAUCUGUAUUCAACCAUCACAGUGCGGUUGCUCCGAAAAUGGAUUCUAUUAUUCUCCUGGAGAUCACUGGUUGACUGAUGACUGCUCCAUGUCAUGUCAGUGUACCGAUGGUCGUGUACAAUGCAGCAGCGAGAAUUGCGACGAGAAUGCAGAGUGUGCCAUUCGUAACGGUGAAAGAGGAUGCUACUGUAGAGAAGGUUGGACGAAGGGUGAGGAUGGUAGCUGUAUGAAAG